AUGUCUCUCUUCCGUGCCAACUUCCCGACCUCUGGCGACUUCGCCCCUCUCUUCCGUCUUCUGGACGACUACGAUGUCCACCGUUCCAGCCGCAGCGCGCCGGUCCGUUCGUUCUCGCCUCGCUUCGAUGUCCGUGAGAGCGAUGAUGCCUACCACCUCGACGGCGAGCUGCCUGGCAUCGCGCAGAAGGACAUCGACAUCGAGUUCUCCGACCCUCAGACCCUGGUCGUGAAGGGCCGCACCGAGCGCGAGUACCACACUUCGCCCGAGGCUUCUCCCGAGGGUGACGAAGCCAACCUCGACCAGAAGGCCAAGGACGCCCAGCCCGCACACCAUUUCUGGGCCAGCGAGCGCUCGGUCGGCGAGUUCCAGCGCACCUUCUCCUUCCCGGCUCGCGUCGACCAGGACGCGGUCAAGGCCAGCCUGAAGAAUGGCAUCCUGUCGGUCCUGGUGCCUAAGACCACCGCCGCAGUUAGCAAGAAGAUCACCAUCGAGUAA